CGUAGAAUCGCGAGCGCUAGACCAGGAAAUAGAGGAAGACUGACUAAUCUUUAUCAAAUACAUGUCAAAAUGCGGUUCCGAUUUUGCGGAGAUCUGGAUUGUCCUGACUGGGUCCUUGCAGAAAUAAGCACACUAGCAAGAGUAUCUAGUGUCAAGAUGAAACUUCUCUGUGUGCAAGUCAUUAAAGAUCUUCUUGAUGAGGGCAUCGAUUAUGACAAAGUUUCAAAACUGACAUCAGACGCUAAAUUUGAGAGUGGAGAUGUCAAAGCCAGUAUUGGCGUCCUGAGUUUUAUUUUGUCUAGUGCUGCAAAGCAUGAUGUAGAUGGGGAAUCUCUCUCUAGUGAACUACAGCAACUUGGCCUACCCAAAGAGCACACCACAGGAUUGUGUAAAUCAUAUGAGGAUAAGCACAAUGCUCUACAGGAGAAGCUAAGAGAGAGCAGUCUACGCUUGGGUCAUCUAGAAGCGGUGAACUGGAGGGUGGAUUACACCCUGAGCUCCAGUGAAUUAAAGGAAGUCAAUGAACCCACCGUUCAGCUCAGGCUUCAGGCACAGAACCCAGAGACAGACUCAAUAGAGACCACUGUUGUCUCCAUCACAGCUGACAAAUUCAGAGUACUGUUAACAGAACUCAAGCAAGCACAGGCUAUCAUGAAUUCGCUGCAGUGAUAAUCAUUUGCUGAAUUGUUUAAAUAUUCAUGUUUAUGUGCACUGAAUCUGACUUUGUAUGUAUAAAAGUUUUUGUAACAUUAAAUUGCAACAUAAAGUAGGGUUUGACAUCUAAAGUUCUCUUUGAUUAGUCAACUGUUGUUGAGCAGUGACAAGACAUCUGGUUUCACACAGGGUGGGAAAUUAAUAUGAAACAGAUCUUUUCUUAGCUCUUCCGGUCUAGAAAUAAGGAUCUUAAUUUGCUUUGUCAGGCCUUUGACUACCAAUGACUCAUGUCAUUAAAAACAGAUUUAUGAUUUUUAUUCACAUAAGUUUUUCAUCUCCGAAUGAUUAUUUAAGCACAUUUAUUAUUCAAAAUAAUAUCGUUUUUGUUAUAUAUUAACAUUAUUUGUCAGUAUUAUUUCUCAAUAAAAUUCAUUAAUGGCUUCA